ACUGUUUCUUUUGGGGUUGUUCAGGCUUGUUCUUUUAUUGCUCGUAAUUCUCUACUUCUUUGCAACCGGAGGUUUUUAGUCUAGAAGAGUGAUGUCCAAAAAGCAGAAGUGGCAGGAAAAUCUGUUUGUUUACCCCAAAGCUGCUAAAUCAAAUCAGAGGAAGAAGGGGAAGGAUAAAGUCCACCCACCACAACAGACAGCAGAAAACCAAACCUCUAGCAGCAGCAGCAGUUGCAGUGGUGGUGCUAAAAAAACUUGCACUUCUGGAAGUAGUUUCACCAGCAGCAUUAACAGACGAGGCAGCAUCACUUCUAGUAAUAAUAGUAACAAUAAAGUUUCCAUCAGCGACAAUGCUAGUACGAGCAGUGCCACUGAUGGCAGCAGCAGAAAUGGCAGUACUAAACGGGCCACCAAAAAAGACAGAACAACUAGCAUGUUGAGCACGGUGGAGGAGGUCUCAUUGCUUUCAUCGGAGAAAGAGCUGGAGGAGGAGUCACUCAAUGGUGGAGUUGGGGUUCCUUCCAGCAGUGGUAAUGCUUCUUCACUCAAUACCAGUCUUGGCUCCUGUCUCACUUCGUCACUCGAUCAGCUCUCGAGCUGCUCCGGCAUAGACGGUACUAAGAGUCGAUUGGGCACUGAAAGCGGCUAUUCCUCUCUGGAGAAGACAAGUCCUCGUGUUGCAGAUGAACAAGCACACACUGACUCCAGGUGUGACUGUGAUUCUGUUUGUUCACCUGCCUCACAUCCUUGUAUGAUUCCUACCUUAAAGUCCCUUAGCCCCUGCCCCUUUCCUCCACCAACCAAUCACAGUUCACAGGGGGCAUGUGAGGGUGAUCCUAAAGAUUCCAAUGGGAAGAGACAAUCUCACACAUCCAUGACACAGACACACACACUCAGACAUGAAACACAUCAAGCACUCAGCCCAAGAAGAAAAGUACACCGGCUGUUUGGAAGUCGGAAGAGGAGAUCUCAGGAUGCUGAUCAACAGGAGGGUUCAUUUCUAGAUAACGAGCUUCCCCCAUCAACCUUCACUUCCUCGUCUUCUGCACAAAAUGACCAUAAGACAACUGUCAGUACAUCUCAGGAUUCCUCUCCUAAUGAUGACAUUCCUGAUCACUCGCGACCCUUCACGUCAUGCAGCCUCCGUUCCAAAUCGCUGGAAAGCAGACAUCUUGAUCCCACACCCACACCUGACCUCCUUAAUUUCAAAAAGGGAUGGAUGUCUAGAUUGGGAGAAGACGGAAAGUGGAGGAAAAAUUGGUUUGUUCUUACUGACCAGACUCUGAGAUUCUACCGUGACUCUAUAGCAGAAGAGGCAGCUGAUGUGGAUGGUGAGAUCAAUUUGUCUACUUGUUACGAUGUUACAGAUUACCCUGUACAAAGAAACUAUGGCUUUCAGAUUCACACAAAGGAUGGGGUCUUCACCCUCUGUGCAAUGACUUAUGGGAUACGACGGAACUGGGUCCAGGCAGUAAUGAAAAAUGUUCAUCUCAGCACUGCUCCUGAUGUCACAUGGAAAAAUCCUACUAUCAAAUCCAGUUCUAUUCCUCAAAAGGUGCCAUUGACUAGUGCACAUGCUCGUACAGGCUCCUCCCAAUACAAUACAGUUCCGCAGGAAGAGGAGAAAAGGAGUCGCAUCCUUGAGCGCCGGAGAGAGGGACGUUACAGAACCUUUGAUUGGGCAGAAUUAAGUUGUAAACCGCACAAGGAGGAGUUGUCAAAUGAUCUGUCAGGAAGACAAUGGAACUAUAAAAGUGAGCGCUCAGUGCCUCCUGCCCCUGCAUCAUCCCCUGAAGAGCCGAUCAUACGUUCUGUCUCUGAGGCAUCAGAGAGCGAAUAUCUUCAGAAGACUAUACUCUCUCAGGGGCGAAGCUUGAACAUCAUGUCCGCUGAUAUACCAUCACACUUAUCACUUAUGACAGUGUCAGGUCGCACCUCCCCAGAAUCAAUCAGCCCAGACAGCUUAGAAGUUGAUGCAGGGACAGUACGUGUCCACUGUGACAGCCCUGGUGAACUACUCAAAGCUAAACCCAAAGAAGAAAAGCAGGUUGAUCGCUCCACUUCUCCAUUGCCAGUCACCUUUUCUUCAUCCUCAACCCAGACAGAAUGGCAGUGGGAUGUGGAGCUUCAGAGCCUGCGCAGAGAGUUGAAGGCUGAGCAUGAGAGGAAUCAGUCUCAAGAAAGGGAGUUACGACAUAGUGAGGCCCAACUACAAGCUGAGCUUAACGAUAGCCAGGGAUUUCUUCAGAGGGCAGAAUUAAGGAUUCAAGAGGCAGAAACUUUUCUGAAGGAGCGCGAGGAGGUGCUGGAGAGUCUGCAUGGACGGUUAGAGGAGGUAACGGGCCGUCUAAAAGCAACCGAAGAAGCGCAAGCCUUAAAGGAGGUCCGGCUACAGAGGCACCUGCGCCUCCUGCAAGAGAGCCAGGAACGAGAAAGGAGGAGCUUCAGUGACAGCCUCGAUCAAUCGGAACAGCGAUCGAAGGAACUAGAGGAGCGUUUAAGGCAGAAAGAUGCUGAGCUGCAGAAGAAGCAAACAGGUGAAGUUAAUGAUGACCUUGUACGAAGGUGCCAGGAGCUACAAAACCAGCUGGAGGAGUCCGACAGUGAGGUCGGUCGUCUGCAGGCACGCCUCCAAACUGAAGAGACUCUUUAUUACGACAUGGAGCAUGAUUAUGAAAGAGCUUGUGAGGAAAUUCAGAGUUUGCGAGGUGCUCUGCUGGACUGUGAGAGAGUAAGUGAGGAGCGCUUCCAAACCCAGCUGGUGCAGCAACAGCAAGAGCUGCUCAGGAAGGAACGUGAACUCCAGGAAAUGCUUGUUAAGAUGGCAGUCUUGGGCAGUAGUCUAGAGGAGACUGAAUUAAGGCUCAAGGAAGCCCAAACCCAUCCUUAUGAAACUAGUGUUCCAUGUGAGACACUGAUUGAGCCACAACAACACAGACAGAAAGGGAAAAAAGAUUUGGAAAAACAACCUCCUACUCAGGGAGAUGAGUCACACAGAGUGAUCUCUGUGAUCCAGGCACUAGAGCGCAAGUUGUGUGACACCGAAGAGCGUCUCCGGGAGCUUACCGUGCAUCUUCAACAACAACAACUUAACACUGGACCACACGCACUCAGUGAUUCUUGGUGCUCCCACAGAUCCCUCUAUAAUCCAGAAGGUCGACUCUCCAUGGAUGCUCUGCCGAGUUUUACUGGAGCUUUGCAUAGCCUGCAGGGAACCACUUUAGACAGAACUUCGGACCAAGCUAAUAUCUCCCUUUAUGAUGAUGGAAGUCCAGGGAGAAGUCAAGCUCUGGACAUGGCCAGCAGAGUGUUGUCGCUGGAGGCACUGGUUGUCCAAAGGAUUGCCUCUGCACUUGAGAAUCCCAGUACAAAGUUGCUUAAUAGAUUGUCAGAGGUGCAUAUCCAAGUACUUAGGAUGGCUAAAGGAGGCAGUCAUAAUGGGGCUGUGAAACCUAGUUACCCUCAGAUCUUCUUGGAUCCUCUCGAGCAAGAUCUGUUAGAAAAUACGCUGAGUGAAAAUGUGAUCCAUAGACUGUGUGUAAGAGCAGAGAUGGCAUACCUCCUACAUAGUCUGUGUACUCAUCCCUCAAAGGAACAACAGGGAUUUAAGCCCUUUUAUGUGUUGCCUUGGCCAGUAUCAGACAGUUCCUCGUCUGGAACCAAAAUGGAAAAUGGUUCCAAGCAGGGGUCCAAACUUGCUGACAUUAGCCCACCAGAACUUGCACCUUACAGUGAACAGAUGGAGGACGAGCUGGCGACCGAUCUACUCCUUGAGGACUCUGAGGUAUUGCUUGCUUGCAGAAAGAGUCUGGUGGUAGAGCUCCGAGCUCAGGCCAAGUCACUGCACAACCUCUCAACACAGCUACAGUCUGAGGAUAGAGAGGCUGACCUUCCUGGUGAAACUCCUACAGCCAUCCUAAGGGCUGCAAUGUGUCAGGCCACUUUGGCAUACAUGGCUUGUCGUCUGCGUUCGGCCCUGCAGCAAGAGAUGAAAACCCUACGCAAGCAGAGAGAGCAGACUCAGUGUGAGUGUCGUGCCAUGUGUCGUAGUAUGGAGACUCUUUUCCAGGAACAGACAGAGUGUUAUGAAGAGAGGCUGCGUGAGGAGCAUAUUGUUGUCAAAAAGGCAGAACAGGAACGUGUUUCAGCUGAGACCAAUGCUCAAUUGAGGACGGAAGAAGCAGAAAGAUUGCAGGUGGAGUUUGAUGAGAAGCUGCAUGUGCUCCAGAAAAUCCAUGAGGAGGAGAUGAGCCGUCUUCAUGAAUACUACAUUCAGAACUUGUCAAAGCCAAAAGCUGCAACCCCUUCAGAACUAGACGACAGUGACAAUACUGAUCAGGUUUCUGUGUCUUCUCUGCAAGACCGAAUCAGAGAGCUUGAGACUGAGGUCACUUGUUUAAGGGCAGACCUCAGCAACCAGGAUGUCAAAGCCUUCCAGCUUGACCUGGAAACCAUCAAGGCCACAUAUGAGCAUGGUUUCAGCAUUAUGGAAGACAGCCAUCAGCGAGUGAUUGAGGAGAUGCAGAGGCAGCAUCAGAGAGAGGUGGAAAGGCUGACAGAGGAAAGAGAAAGAGUUCUGCAGGAAGAGACGAACGCCACCAUUGCAGCCAUUGAGGCCAUGAGGAAAGCUCAUAAAGAGGAAAUGGACAAGACUCAGAAAGCCCUGCAAAAUGGAGCCAAUGUGGACAUCCGCCAGCUUCGUGCACAAUAUAAUGAGGAGCUAGAAACGUUGCACAGGGAGCUGGAGGUGUUGUCAGAGCAGUAUUCUCAGAAAUGUUUGGAAAAUACUAAUUUGACCCGGACUAUAGAAACAGAAAGAGAGGCAUUGAGUUCAACACACAGAGAGAACCAGGAGCUUCGCACUCACAACCAGGAAUUAAAUGAGUGUUUGGCUGCUGAAUUAUCCCUGAUGCAUUCACGCAUGAAUGGGGAGGUGAAGCACUCCCAGUCUUCUCAGGAGAAAGACAUGUAUCAGUUGGAGGUAAAUCUCAGAGUGAAGGAAUCAGAGAUUAAGUGUCUGAAACAGGAGAUCAACUCACUUAAAUUGGAACUGCUGGCAGGAAAUAUGCAUUUUAAAGAGCUAGACUCUGAGUUGAGCCAUUUAGAAGUCAAAACUCAAAGUGACUUCACUGAACUGAGAAUGGUGCCAGCUAGACAGCAGUGUUUAAAAUAUGAUCUGAUGAAAUCCAGAAGCAACCCAGACUUCGUGAAGGACUGUUCAACACUCACACAGAAGGCAAGAUCCAAGAGUAUUAAGGAUGGACUCACUGUUCUGGAGAGGAUGAAGCUCUUUGAAUUAACUAGCACGCAAAAGAUCUGAGAGAGAGAAGGAGUGUGUGUGUGUGUGUGUGUGUGUGAGAGAGAGAGAGAGAGGGGCAUUUUAGUGUAUUAUGUGGGUUAAAUUAUUAAAUUGUAUAUCUUUAUUACACAAUGAAUUAUAACUAUACCUUUAGUCACGGGUGCGUGUGUACAUCAGUCAUUUUAAUUUUUGUUUUGUUACUACUUUAGACAUAACAAAUUUUUGAUAUGAGGAUGUCUCUCUAAAUCUUAAACUGUUUGUUUAUAUUUACAUGUUUAUGCCCGAUUGAGCAUCGGUUUGAUUUUCUUUCUCUAAUUAUAAAUAAAGUCAAGUUUUCCUGUCUUGAA